UAGUGCAGCAUCAGAAUUCUAGAUUAAAGUAAUAACUUCAGAAAUGUCCAACCCAACCCCGGUGAACAGACCCGGUUCUGAUGAGAACCCGCGGGUUUUCUUUGACAUAGAUAUCGCCGGUGAAAGAGUGGGGCGCAUUGUGUUUGAGCUCUUUGCUGAUGUUGUCCCUAAGACCGCUGAGAAUUUCCGAGCUCUAUGUACUGGCGAGAAGGGAACUGGCCAAAGCACUGGGAAACCACUCCACUUCAAGGGAUGUCCUUUUCACAGGAUCAUUAAGAAUUUCAUGGUCCAGGGAGGUGACUUCUCCAAUCAGAAUGGCACUGGAGGAGAGAGCAUAUACGGAGACAAAUUUGAGGAUGAAAACUUCCACUAUAAGCAUGACAAAGAAGGCCUGCUGAGCAUGGCCAAUGCUGGACCCAACACCAAUGGCUCGCAGUUCUUUAUCACCACUGUGCCCACAUCUCACUUGGACAGCAAGCAUGUGGUGUUUGGGCAGGUGAUGAAGGGCAUGGGUUUGGUCAAGAUGCUGGAGAGCAUUGACACCAAAGAUGACAAUCCAGUCAAGCCGUGUAUCAUUGUUGAGUGUGGAGAGCAUAAAGCAGGUGAUGGAUGGGCCGUGGCUCCUAACGAUGGCUCUGGAGACGUUCACCCUGACUUCCCUGAGGACUCUGACCUAGACUUUAUUGAUGCUGAUAAAAUCCUGUCUGUCGCUGAGGACAUCAAAAACAUCGGGAAUAACUUCUUCAAGUCUCAGAACUGGCAGGCUGCCAUGAAGAAAUACUCCAAAGCACUAAGGUAUUUAGAAAGGUGUGGUAAUAUUCUGGAUGAUGAAAGUACACAGAAGAAGCUGGAACCUGUCGCUCUGAGCUGCAUCCUCAACACAGCAGCCUGUAAACUCAAACUGCAACAGUGGCAGGAGGCAGUUGAGAGUUGUGAUGAGGCUCUGGAGCUGGAUCAGACACAUGCUAAAGCUUUGUUCAGAAGAGCUCAAGCCUGGCAAGGCCUCAAGGAGUUCAAUAAUGCCAUGAGCGAUCUGAAGAAAGCACAGGAGAGCGCACCUGAAGACAAAGCUAUUGCAAACGAGAUGCUGAAGGUCAAGCAAAAAGUAAAGGAGGAGAAGGAAAAAGAAAAGAAGAUUUACUCCAAGAUGUUCGCAUAGACGCUCAGGAGUAACGUCGUUGUAUGCAGACCUACACAAGUGAACCGUCAUCUGCUCUAAAGUCACAGCCAGGGAUUCUCAAACCUGACAGAUAAGAAGUUUAAACAAGAGAAGAGGAUCCAUCAUGGAUUACAUACAGUACUUGAAUUGAAUAAUGGCUUAUUAAUGUUGAAGAACAAACAUAUUGGACAUUGGUUGAUCCUUGGUUAUGUCCAGACUACUGUAAUUGUUCAAGCAACAACAAUACCGACCUAGCUGUUAUUGAUUUAAUACUGUACAAGCAAAGUUUCCAACAUGUCUGUAUCAGCGUAAUGUAAUAAAGUCCAACCAAAUCUUAAACGAA